AUGCAGCCAGGGAUGGAGUCCCUCCAAGGGAAGGAGAGCAACGGCGCCGUUCCUGACUGCAAUGGGGCUGCUGCCCCCCCUGCGAAGCAGCAGCUGCCGGAAGGGGCUGACGCUCUUCGCUAUGCCAACAUCCUCCGGUCACGCAACAAAUUUGCUGAUGCUCUCCAGUUGUACACUACCGUGCUUGACAAGGACGGAACCAAUGUGGACGCCCUUAUCGGAAAAGGGAUCUGCCUCCAGGCCCAGAGCCUGCCAAGGCAGGCCUUGGAUUGCUUCACCGAGGCUGUCAAGGUCGAUCCCAAGAAUGCCUGUGCUCUCACGCAUUGUGGGAUGAUAUACAAAGACGAGGGUCACUUGGUUGAGGCCGCAGAGGCAUAUCAAAAAGCUCGAAGUGCGGAUCCUUCGUAUAAAGCUGCUGCGGAAUUUCUUGCUAUAGUUUUGACCGAUCUUGGAACUAGCUUGAAGCUUGCAGGCAAUACAGAAGAUGGGAUUCAAAAAUAUUGUGAAGCUCUUGAAGUGGAUAGCCACUAUGCGCCUGCUUAUUACAACCUUGGGGUGGUUUAUUCGGAGAUGAUGCAGUUCGACGUAGCUCUUACUUGUUAUGAAAAAGCUGCAUUGGAGAGACCAUUGUAUGCUGAAGCUUAUUGCAAUAUGGGGGUUAUUUACAAGAAUCGGGGAGAGCUAGACGCAGCAAUUGCCUGCUACGACAGGUGCUUGACUAUUUCCCCCAACUUUGAGAUUGCUAAGAAUAACAUGGCAAUAGCACUAACCGACUUGGGUACAAAGGCUAUUGUUUUUUACGAACUCGCUCUGCACUUCAAUCCUCGCUGUGCGGAGGCAUGCAACAACCUGGGAGUAAUAUACAAGGAUAGGGAUAAUCUCGACAAAGCCGUUGAAUGUUAUCAAAUGGCCUUGUCAAUUAAGCCAAAUUUCUCCCAGUCAUUGAAUAACCUUGGAGUUGUCUAUACGGUUCAGGGCAAGAUGGAUGCUGCUGCAAGCAUGAUUGAGAAGGCCAUACUUGCAAAUCCCACUUAUGCUGAAGCAUACAAUAACUUAGGUGUUCUUUACAGAGAUGCUGGAAGUAUUACGUUAUCUGUACAGGCAUAUGAAAGAUGCCUUCAAAUUGAUCCUGAUUCACGAAACGCCGGUCAGAACCGUUUGCUUGCCAUGAACUAUAUUGACGAGGGCUCAGAUGACAAGCUUUAUGAUGCUCACAGGGAAUGGGGAAAGCGCUUUAUGAAAUUGUAUGCACAGUAUACUAGUUGGGAUAACAUAAAAAUCGCUGAUCGUCCACUGGUCAUUGGUUAUGUGUCUCCUGAUUUUUUUACUCACUCUGUGUCUUACUUCGUUGAAGCCCCGCUUACACACCAUGAUUACACAAAUUGCAAGGUGGUCGUCUAUUCUGGUGUUGUGAAGGCAGAUGCCAAGACCCUUCGAUUCAAGGAUAAGGUGUUAAAAAAGGGCGGGGUCUGGAGAGAUAUAUAUGGUAUUGAUGAAAAGAAGGUUGCUACCUUGGUCAGAGAGGAUAAAGUGGAUAUACUUGUGGAACUUACUGGUCAUACAGCAAAUAAUAAACUAGGAACAAUGGCGUGCCGGCCUGCUCCUAUUCAGGUUACAUGGAUUGGUUACCCUAAUACGACAGGUUUACCAGCAAUUGACUACAGAAUAACAGAUUCAUUGGCUGAUUCUCCUAAUACAAACCAAAAGCAUGUUGAAGAGUUGGUGCGCCUUCCUGAAAGUUUUCUUUGUUACACUCCUUCUCCAGAAGCUGGGCCAGUUUGUCCCACACCAGCAAUCUCAAAUGGUUUUGUCACGUUUGGUAGUUUUAACAAUCUAGCAAAGAUCACACCGAAAGUUAUGCAAGUUUGGGCCAGAAUAUUAUGUGCAGUCCCUAACUCACGGCUUGUGGUUAAGUGCAAGCCAUUCUGCUGUGACAGUAUACGACAGAAAUUUUUAUCGACACUUGAGGAGUUGGGUUUGGAGUCACUACGAGUUGAUUUACUACCACUCAUCCAUCUCAACCAUGACCACAUGCAAGCAUAUUCCUUAAUGGACAUCAGCCUAGAUACGUUUCCAUAUGCUGGGACUACCACUACAUGUGAAUCUCUUUACAUGGGGGUUCCAUGUGUUACAAUGGCUGGUUCAGUUCAUGCUCAUAAUGUUGGUGUUAGCCUACUCACUAAAGUUGGGUUGGGGAGGCUGGUUGCCAAAACGGAGGAUGAAUAUGUUAGCUUGGCACUGGAGUUGGCAUCAGAUGUAAGUGCCUUAGAAGAACUGAGGAAGAGCCUCCGGGAACUGAUGAUAAAAUCACCAGUUUGUGACGGAGAGAGUUUCACACGCGGCCUGGAAUCUGCAUACCGAAGCAUGUGGCAUAGGUACUGUGAUGGGGAUUCACCAGCUCUCAGGCGCUUAGAAGUGUUGGCGGGCGAAGACUUGGACAAGACGGCUGUGAAACUUGUAGAUCUUAAAGCACAGAGAGCGAAUGCUACUGCAGAGGAAGAUAACCAGUCCCCAAUAAAGAAGGUUGACGCCAUGUCCAAGGGAGGUGAGCCCCAAAUAAUGGCAAACGAUGUGAGUUCACCUGAAGGUAACCAGGCCCUCGUGACGGCGAAGGCGCAGCCCCAAAUAAUGGUGAAUGGUGUGAGUUCACCUCACUCCCCUUCGGGGAGAUGCGAAGCAAAUGGGCAUAGCAGCCGAUGA